UUUACUGUUUAUUUAUCCUCAAAGAAACAAGAACAACAGCGUAAGGGAAACAGUUAUUUUAAAAAACAAAAUUGUUCUAACAAUAAUAGAAAACUUUGCGGUUGUGAUGAUGUUCUGCACCCCCUGUUAAAACCUCAAUGCCAGUUAGUCCAUCUGAAGCAAUAGGUAUUCUUCAACCUCAGACUUCUGCUUUUAUACCACAACUAGUCGAUGUACCAGUAUUCAAAAGUCCAAGAAGACCAAACUUGGGACGGAAAGGCCGAUCUAUUGCGCUUCAUGCUAAUUAUUUUCAAAUUUCAAUACCACAAAUGAUUGUUCAUAAUUAUAACAUAAGCAUUCAACCAAAUAAUUACCCACAAAUGGUUAAUAGAAAAGUUUUUCAAACUAUGGUUGCUGCAUACAAAAAAGUUUUCAGUAGUAUUCAGCCUGUGUUUGAUGGUAAAAAAAAUUUUUAUACCAAAGAUCCACUUCCUUUUGGAAAAGAUCAAGUAGAAUUAGAGGUUAUAUUGCCCACUGCUGGUAAAGAUCGUGUAUUUCGUGUUUUUAUUAAAUGGUUAGCUCAAAUAUCAUUAGUUGCUUUGGAAGAAUCAUUAAGAGGUCGUGCAAAACAGAUUCCAUAUGAUGCAAUUCUGGCAUUAGAUACAGUAAUGAGAUAUUUUACAUCAAUGACUUACACACCAGUGGGUAAAUCAUAUUUUUUUCCUCCUGAAAGAGAAUGUCAUUUAUUAGAUGGUGGUAGAGAAAUUUGGCAAGGUGUUCACCAGUCUGUCCGGCCAUCUCGUUGGAAAAUGAUGCUUAAUAUUGAUGUAACAGCAACAGCCUUUUAUAAACCACAAUCUGUAUUAGAAUUUAUGUGUGAAACUUUAAAUAUUGGAAUAUUAGAAAAUAAACCAUUAUCAAGUGUACGAUUAGAAAAAUUUACUAGAGAAAUUAAAGAUCUUAAAAUAGAGGUUACACAUUGUGGUAAAAUUCGAAGAAAAUAUAAAGUUAUUGAUGUUACUAGAAAAUCAGCUGAAUUUCAAAGUUUUCCAUUGCAAUUAGAAAAUGGGCAGAUAGUAGAUUGCACUGUAACUAAAUAUUUCUUAGACAGAUACAAGAUAAAACUAAAUUAUCCACAUUUACCAUGUCUUCAUGUGGGAAAGGAACAUAGUCACAUAUAUCUUCCUAUCGAGGUCUGUAACUUGUCUGCGGGCCAACGAUGUAUUAAAAAAUUAACUGAUAUGCAAACAUCAUCCAUGAUUAAGCAAACAUCACUCAAUGCUCCUGACCGUGAACAGGAGAUCAAUUCCUUAAUUCACCAAGCUAAUUUGAAUAAUGAUCCAUAUGUAAAAGAAUUUGGUCUUACCAUAUCUAAUAGCAUGAUGAAAGUUUCUGGACGUGUUUUACCACCACCAAAAUUACAAUAUGGUGGAGGAACUUCACUUGAUCAGGAAGGAUUUAAUGGCCAACAAGUAUUUCCCAAACAAGGUGUUUGGGAUAUGAAAGGCAAACAGUUCUUUACAGGUGUUGAAAUUCGUAUUUGGGCAUUAGCUUGUUUUGUGCCCCAGAAAACUGUUGAUAAUAAUGAAUUAAUAAAAUUUUCAACACAACUUCAAAAGAUAAGUAGGGAUGCUGGUAUGCCAAUAAUUAGUCAUCCAUGUUUUUGUAAAUACGCAAUAGGGCCUGACCAAGUAGAACCUAUGUUUAAUUAUUUAAAAUCAACAUUCACUGGAUUACAACUAUUAAUUAUUAUUUUACCAGGAAAAACUCCAGUAUAUGCUGAAGUCAAAAGAGUCGGAGACAAUGUUUUAGGAAUAGCUACACAAUGUAUUCAAGCAAGAAAUGUUAAAAGACCAUCUAUUCAAGUAUUGUCCAACUUAUGUUUAAAAAUUAAUGUGAAAUUAGGUGGUAUCAAUAGCAUUCUUGUACCAAGUAUUAGACCUAAGGUAUUUAAUGAACCAAUUUUAUUUUUGGGUGCAAAUGUAACUCACCCACCUGCAAAUGAUGAAAAAAAACAAUCCAUUGCUGGAGUAGUUGGAUCUAUGGAUGCUCAUCCCAGUCGUUAUGCUGCUACUGUACUUCUCCAACAACACAGACAAGAAAAUAUUCAAGAACUUAGUUCUAUGGUCAAAGAACACCUUAUCAUGUUUUACAAGAGUACUGGAGGUUUUAAACCACAUAGAAUCAUAUUAUAUCGUGAUGGAGUUUCCGAAAGACAGUUUUCUCGUAUCUUACAAUAUGAACUUACAGCUAUUCGAGAGGCAUGUAUAAAAUUAGAAGGAGAUUACAAGCCAGGAAUUACUUUUAUUGCUGUUCAAAGACAUCAUCACACUAGAUUGUUCUGUGCUGAUAAAAAGGAUCAAUGUGGAAAAUCUGGAAAUAUUCCUGCUGGUACAAUAGUUGAUGUUGGAAUAACACAUCCUACAGAAUUUGAUUUCUUCUUAUGUAGUCAUCAAGGAAUUCAAGGAACAAGUCGGCCAAGUCAUUAUCAUGUUUUAUGGGACGACAAUAAUUUUGAGUCUGAUGAAUUGCAAAUUUUAACAUAUCAAUUGUGUCAUACUUAUGUCAAAUGUACACGCUCUGUAUCCAUACCGGCUCCUCUUUAUUAUGCUCACUUAGCUACAUUUAGGUCUAGAUAUCACUUAACCGAAAGACAACAUGACAGUGUUGAUGGAUCAUAUAAAUCUAACCAUAGUGAAGAUAAAACAUCAAGCCUAAAUACAGAUGCUAUUAAAGUACAUGCCAAUACAAAGAAAGUUAUGUACUUUGCUUAAAAUACCACAAUUUAAAAAAGGAGAUUAUUACAAAAAUAUAUAUUUUAAUUUUAGACUAAAUUAAUUAUUAUUAUAAUUUUUUUUUUUUAAUAAUUGAUUAUAUUCUAAUCUUCUUACCAAUUUAACAUCCACUUAUAUGAUUUUAAUUUUUCUAUUUUUGAGUUAAAAUAAUUUCAUUAGUGAUAACCUAUGAUAAUUUUUCCAAAUAUCUUCAUUGUGGUUUAUGUUUCAAAUUAUAUUUUUAUUAUUUAUACAAUGUCAGAUAUUAAACUACGCUUCGGAGCGCCUCCAGUAGAUCUCGAUAUUUACUUUUUAUAUAAUAAGAUUUUAUAAUAUUACACAAGUAUGUAUUAUAUUUAAAAUUUUUGGUUUUUACCCCUGGAGUAUAUAUUUUUUUUUUAUAUAAAACUUUUUGUUUUGGAGUUAAGCUGUAACAAUAACUUAU